AUGAGAAACGUGAACGAAAAACAACUGGAAAUCGCGCGAAAAGCCAUUCAAAAGAGUGUCGAGAAAUUGCAUCAAAAGAAAGCGAUUCAAAUCGAAAGCGUCGACAAAACUAUCAAUUCUAUCAACUUUUCGACAAAAACCGAACCGAAAUCCGACGAAAACCUUCUCAUCGUUGAAGCGGUUCCCGAACUCCUGGACGUCAAGCGGAAGAUCUUCGCCGCUCUCAACGAACAAUUCAAAGGCAACGAUUCGGUGAUCUUCGUGACCAACACGUCGUCUCUGUCGGUGCAGGAGAUUGGCGUCAAAGUGGGUCCACAGGAACGGUACGGAGGGUUGCAUUUCUUCAAUCCGGUUCCGCUCAUGAAGUUGGUUGAGAUCAUCAAAAACGUGACCACAAGUCAACAAACGGUGGACGCGUUGAAAGAGUUUGUGGCGGACAUCGGCAAAGUGGGCGUUCUAUGCAAAGACACGCCCGGAUUCAUUGUGAACCGUCUGUUGAUUCCGUAUUCGGGAGAAGCGGUGCGAAUGGUGGAGAGAGGAGACGCCACGUUCGAGGACAUCGACAUCGCCAUGAAGUUGGGCGCCGGGUAUCCGAUGGGACCGUUCGAGUUGAUGGACAUGACGGGUCUGGACACCGGCAAGUUUGUGGUCGAGUCGUGGCUCGCCAUGAAUGACCCCACACUCAAUGUGCAGAGAUCUGAAUUAGUGAACAAAAUGGUGUCGGAGGGCAAACUGGGGCGGAAGACGGGGAAGGGAUGGUAUGACUACACGAAGAAGAAAAUGCGAAGGAAAGAAGGGAAACAAUGUGGUUGUCAGAAUCCGUGUCCGGCAACAUGUAAACGCCCCAAACCUCCGACGUGCAACUCUUUCUGGUGUAAUCCCAACUGUUAUCUGGUCUGUAGUGGUGGACAAGUGUUGGACACAAAGACGGGAAAAUGCAAACCUUUGUCCGAAUGUUAA